AUGCCCAAACCUCAGCCGCAAUCCUUGUGCGCAAUUCUCCUGCUGCAUUUCCUGCUCUGCUCCUCAAUUCCAGAUCCAAAAUCCGGCGAAUUUGCCAAGACCGUUUGCGCCGGAAAGAUCGGCGAGUGCGCGGCGGGGGAGGAGGUGAUGGAUUCAGAGAGCAAUCGGAGGGCAUUGCAGAUACGGCGGAGAUACAUCAGCUACGACACACUGAGACGAGACAUGGUGCCGUGCGAUCGGCCAGGAGCUUCGUAUUACAACUGCAAGGCCGCCGGCGUCGCCAAUUCCUACGGCAGAGGCUGCGAGAUCAUCACGAGAUGCGCCAGGGGAGAUUGA